CGUGCAUCGAAAUCGAGUGUUCGUUGUUGGGUGUCGGAAAAUUUAUGAUGGUACUAAGUAUACUAAAAUGAAUAUAGUUUGUAUGUUUAAUUUUCUAAAUAUUUGCAGAUUCAUUUUUGAAGGAACUAAUGGCUGAUCGUCUUACACAGUUACAAGAUGCUGUAAAUGCGCAAGCAGAAAACAUCUGCAAUAGUAUUGGUGUUCUCCAAGCAUCAGCACUCCCAAGUAGCUUUCCCGACUUUGAAAAAUCACCAGUUAAGUCAGAACAACACAAGGAAGACUAUUGUCAAACAUUUGCAACUUUAAUAGCAAAUACAGCAAAAGAAAUAGAUCUUUUAAUUGACUUUUUGCCAAGUGAAGAUAUAUCUCAGGAAUCGCAAGAAGAUUUCAAGCGAUUAGAUAAAGAAAAUAAAGAUGCAGCUGUGAGGUUAGAAAAAGUUGUUGGUGCUGGUGAAGUUUUGUUAGAACAAAUUCGCAAAGCUUUGCACGAGAUUGCCCAAUCGCAGCUAGAAAUACAGCAACUAAGCUCUGUAAAAACUGAUAUUUAACCUUUUUCACAAAUAAUUAAUUUCUUGU